AUGCGCGGUGUUGGGGUAGGUGGCAGGAAAUGCGGCCUGAAGAAUCCCGCGCGCGGCUCGAGCGCCGUCUUCGCUACGCUCUUGCACGACGAUGGAAGUCCGAGCACGUUCUUGACGAGUAAGGUUACAGACUUGCUUACUGUCUCUGCGAAGUUCGCGCGACAACUUGUCGCCACAGCUAUCCCUGAGCGUGCUUGGAGUGGCCUGGGCUACUGGGAAGUCCCCCGACAGUCGUCGAUGCACGACGGUGGGUACGAUCCAGAGAAGUUAGAUCGCACGCCGCUCUCGUCGCGCUCUUGCACGGUCUUGGAAGUGUUGCGCUACCGAUUAGAUGCGACUUAUACCGAUCGUGGAAUGCUAAGCACGUUCUUGGCUAACUCGAACAGCUCGCGCGACUACUCGGACGAGCCUCAGCGGUGCAAGCAGUAA